CCUGACCGUAGUUGGACCCAAUGGCAACAACAGAUCCAUGCUCAAACCUCCUCUAUUUCAUCGAUUGCGAAUUCAAUUCAUCAAAAAUAACCGGAAGGAAGGCAACACUUCUGGAAGUUGGUGUUGUGAUUGUUUCUCCUUUUACACUGGAAGAGUGUGGAAGCCGGCGCUGGUACAUCAAGCCUCCCAGUGAGGAAGAUGUUUCGAAACGGCUGUUAAAAAACAAAGAUUAUAAAAAUAAAGCUACACCCUUUGAAGAGAUAGCUGUGGAACUCUGUGAGUAUCUAUAUGCCAAAGUUUGGGUGGGUCAUAAUAUAGUUAAGUGUGAUUUGGAUUUGCUCAUGAGUACAUUUAUGGCAUCAAAAAUGAAAUUCAUGGUCCGCGAUGAGGAUGGUGGAUCAUCUACAAUUGAAUACCCAGUAGCAUCACGAAUAAUUGACACGUGUUCAUCAUUCCAAACAUGUGGUUUUACAAAAGGGAAGAGAGGUGUUACUUCCAUUAGUCUUGAGAGUUUGGCCAGGCAUUUUAAGAUGGACGUCAAACAGAAACACGACACUCUUUCAGAUUGCCGAUUACUCCUUAAAAUUAUAUUGCGGUGCAGUGCUGUUCUCUUUUUGGAACCGGGAAAGAGACACAACUGUGCUGCUGCAGAGCAGUAUCUUUUAAAAAAAAAUGCAGAAGAUCAAAAUGAACCUGGGGAUGAUCACUUUCUAGAAGAUCAACUUGUGGACGAGGACAAAAUCAAUGAAGAUGACAAAAGAAAGCCAAUGGAGAUGGAAUCAGCGCAUCGGUAUAAGAUUGUGCCCAAACUCGAAGAGGAUCCUUACGAUGAAUUACAGGGGGCUGAGGUGAUAAAAAAAUACAGCAAUUUGUAUGAUUCUGCUCGGACUGCCGUUGUUGUUGAGGAUAAAGAUCUAGUAUAUCUAGGUAUGCUCAACGAUUAUUUCGUUAAAAAUAAGAAAGAAGCUACGGUUCUUAAUAAGUUACUCUGUGAGGGGGAAACACGUAGAGAAAACUUAAGCAGCCAAUAUAAAGGACUGCCUCUGAAUUGGAGAGGUCGAGUAUUUGUUAUGAAACAAGGGCAAAAGGACAAUGGCUUUUAUGACAUAUUUGGAAAAGAUAGAGUAGUCAUAUUCCUCCAUUAAUAAAAGGACCUCUGAUUCUUCCCUGGCAUAUGCUAUUCCUUCCGUGGAUCCUUCCAGAUAACUAAAGAAACAAGUAUCUUUUCCCCGAGUUUCAGGUUCCUGUAAACAGGACAGCCAAUCUCCCUAUGUUACUGUUCACGCGCCAUUGAUUUACUAAGCAUGGCUACGUUUGCCAGAGGAUGUGGAUGCUAAUGCUAGAAAGAUGUUUAUUGAUGAAGUGAUGGAGCUAGUUGAGCUUAACCCAUUGAGGUGAGCACAUGUUGGGUUGCUCAGUGUCAAUGGUCUCUCGACCGAACAACACAAAAAGCUAACAAUCAUGUUCAGUUAGUGGCUAACUCAAACAUAUUCAUGGAUGAGCCAAUUUCAAGACUUAAUCCUAGAGCUGCUGCAGUGGUGUAAGAGCUGUGAGAAACAUUAUUGAUACUGGUUGAACUGUCGCCUGCACUAUUCAUCAACUCAGAAUCAACAUUUUUGAGGCCUUUUGAUGAGUUAAAUCGACUCUCUUUAGGUUUUACGUUGUUUAAUUUUCAUAAUUUUGCAAAGUUUAAAACAAUAAACUGAUUAAGUAUGGAAUAAACCCUGCAUCUCAUUCUAAUGAAGAGAGGACUACAAGAGAUUUAUGUCCGGCCCUUGGGGUGUAACUCAUGCCAUUUAAUUGUUACAUUGAGGCACCGGCUGUAUUUGGAAUUACGUAUGCACUUCUACAAUCGUAGUUAUGGUGUUAUUGUUUAUGCUAUGACCGGAUUUAAAAGGACAGUGGCCAAGUUUUUCUGGCCCUCUCCAUAAUAUGCACAUUGUUAUACUUCACUUUCUACGGCAUGGUGUCUGUCCAAUUCCAUUACUCCCAAACAAAAGCAUUGUAUCCAUUGUUGGCACCUUCUUCUAUGGUACAUGAAAUAUCUUUUUAGGAUUCAUCAUUCCACUACCUAUAAGUAUUUUAAUCACUACAUCACUAUUGCUAGAUUUAUGAAUUAUAUUAUCUGUGUCCCAAUUUGAUUAAUGUUUUACAAAAUUGCACACAUUAUGUAACACUGUAAAAUGACAUUUCAAUCUCUACAAGACUUUUUCAUUAAAUGCCACCUUGCUUCUUCUAAGCGUAAAAGCAUCUAGUAUGAGAAAAACACAGAAAACUACAUCUAGUAAAAUGAAAAUUAUUUAGUGACAAAAUUUUGGCUAAAGCUACAAAUACCUUGGGAUGGAUGGAGUAGAUCAAAAUGAUAAUACUUUUUGUGUGUUCUUUUUCCAGUGACAGAGCAUGCAUGUAUGGUGAAGAUGGUAUUUCUGGGCGUGCCCCGUUAUGUGGACAUGAGGUUAUUGAAGGUGAAAACAUGGUUGCUUCGAUUCAAAAUGUGAAGGUUUUCUUGGAAGGUUACUUUGGGUUUAAGCAUGAGUUUCUUGGAGCGGUUUCGAUUAUGACUGUAUGAUUAGGCAUGGACCCGGAAUAGAACUGCUAAUCGAAGUUGCAGAUUUGAUAUGGUGAAGUUGACCCACUUUUUUCAAGUGGCAAUGCGGCAUGGAUAAAAAUCAACAAUGUGAUUCCAAUCAUUUAGCAGAAUUCUCACUAAAGGUCCAAAUCACUCGAAAUGUAAGUUCAAUGGUGUCUAAAGUCCAGAUAAUAUAUCUUGCCCCAAGUUUUAUGACAAUACCUGGCAAUAUUUCCCCCUCUGUGGAGGUUUUUGUAAUUGUUAUUAUUGACAUUAUUAUGUAUGAACCAUGGUAUUCAAAAUCGCGAGUCAGCUCGUAGGAUCGUCCGAUUAUACGAUCUAAAACCAGAUUGACGAUCCCUUUUGUACUAAGAAUCGUAGAUUAAGGAGAAUCGGUAGAAUCGCCGAGUAGGAGCGCUCACUCGUAGGAACGUACAGAAUCGGCGAGUCGUUUGCGACGGUGGAAGGAAAAAAACAGAGAAGUAUCAUGACCUUCGAUUUGCUUGUUCAUUCUGCUACUCCCUUCGAAGCAGAAUCACCAACGACUUCCAUUCUGAGGCCCGACUGAGUCGAAGCCUCCACCUCUACGUAGAAGACUCGAAGGCGACUUCAUCUCCCGGUUCCAAAAGUGCGCUCAGCUAAUUUGUUUUUUAGCUUGUACUAUCAUACUCCGUAUAUGUUAUACUCCGUAACUUAUAAUGUUAUGUACUCGUAUUAAUUAUGUUAUACGAUAGUAUAUUAAUAUUGAUACUUUAAUUUAUUUACUACUCCGUAGUAUUUUAUUAGUAAAUCCUUUCAAAAAACAUUUUAUUAGUAAAUAAUUACGCAUGAUGCUUUGUGUGUCUACUGUAAAUUAAUUGAUUACUUUAAAUUUAAUAAAGUGGAUUGUUUGUGUGCUUUCUGUAAAUUAAUUUAUUAGAUGUUAAUUUAACAAAUUAUUGAUGCUUUAAUUACUUUAUAACAUACGGAGUAUUGUAAGUUAAUUUUUAGAUGUUUAAUUAUAUAAUUAUGAGUCAACUCUUUUUGUUUCAAGUCUUUAAGUACCCAAAAUAUUUGAUAUUAUAUUAUUAACAUCUCCUUUGAUCAUUAUUUAUCAAUUAUAUUUAUUUUCUAACUAUCUAACUAUAUGUAUACAUAUUACGCACACACACACAUAUAUGCAUAUGUAUAUGUAAGCAUAUAUUUUGUAGGAUCUUACGAUCCGAGUCACGAUCCUACGAUUUACGAUCCUUAUUCCAAUAUCCGAUCCUACGUAGGAUCUCGAGUUUGACUACCUUGGUAUGAACUAAGUUCUUUUUUUGUAAUUUUCGUAUUUGAUAGUAAAUGGCACUAUUGGCAUUCUUCACUGGAUUUAAAAUUCUAUCAAUUACUCUAUAUGCAUUGUUAACUAGAUUAUCUGCUGGUCUUUAAAUUCUAGCAAUAGUCGCUAGAUUCUAGUGGCACUCAUCAGAUUCGGCGGCGGUUGCUAGGUUUCGAUGGCAGUCGCUGGUGACUGGUAGGGUUGGCCCACCUGACAUGAUUUUUGAGGCCUUUUUAUGAGGUAAACCGACUUUCUUUAGGUUUUACGUUGUUUUACUUUCACAAAUUUGCAAAGUUUAAAACAAUAAACUGAUCAAGAAUAAAAUAACCCUGCAUCUCAUUCUAAUGAAGAGAGGACUACAAGAGAUUUAUGUCCUGCCCUUGGGACGUAAUUCAUGCCAUUUGAUUGUUACUUUGAGGUAGGUUUCGAAACCUCCAAAGCCCCAACUUCUAAUCUAUACCACAUUACUUGUGUAAUUCACUUAUCUGAGAAUUGUCCUUCCACAGAGUGGCGAAAAUCAAGGAAGAAUACAAUCCAA